AACGGACCGGGACCCGGGUGAAAUAAAGCCCCCCCCUCGCUCUGGGUACGGCUGGGUAAACACAGCGUCAGGGUUUACACCCGAAAACUGGGCGGGACCCCCGUGCAUGCGGUCCUCGUACGGAUCUGAGGCGGUGCCAGUGAAGCUAUCGCUGGACACGCUGCUGCAGAUGUCUGGUGCUCAGGUGCGGGCGACCAUGAGGAAGCUGGGCUCCAGCACAGAGGAGUGCUCGCGGCUCAGUGCUGCCCUCUCCUGUCUCAGAGGCGUCACUGAAACAGGAGGGGAGGUUAGGGAGGAUGGAGUUCCCUGGAUCUCAGAGCCCUACUGCCGGGACUCCGCCCCUCUGGAUCAGCUGACCUGCCCCUCCCGGCCCCCCCGUGCACAUAGCCCCUCCCCUCUGUGCCAGACCCCGGGCACCUGCUCGGUGCCGGCCACACCCCCUCACCUCUACGCCCCGUCCUACAGCGUGCCGGCCACGCCCUCUGCCGACGCUCUGGCCGAGCCCCUCCCCUGGCACGCGGCCACGCCCCCUGUGACCCCGCCCCCCAGGAGAAACGCCCAGCGGAAGCCCCCCCGAACGCCGCCGCCCCCCUCGCACAAGCUGCUCCACCUCCCGCCCGACAUCACGCUGCCCCGCAGCAAGAGCCACGAGUUUCAGCUGGCCAACCGCGCCGAGGACACGCCCAGCAGCAAGUGUGCUCAGAAGAACAAGCCGCUCCUGAGCGUGCAGGUGAACGGCAGUGCCUGCGAGAUUGAGGACCCCGCCUCCCGGUCCCCGCUACCCGCCAGCCGCAGCCCCACGCCUAGCCCCGCCCCCUACAUCUUGCCAGCCACGCCCACCCUGCUGGAGAAUAACCUGGCAGUGCACAGGAGCUCUCCUCAACCUGUGAGACGGGACAUCGGUCUGCCUGUCACUCACAGGUUUUCUACCAAAUCCUGGCUUUCUCAGACAUGUCAGGUGUGCCAGAAGAACAUGAUGUUCGGGGUAAAGUGUAAACACUGCAGGCUAAAGUGCCACAACAAGUGCACAAAAGAGGCUCCUUCCUGCCGAAUAUCGUUCCUUCCCAUCCCAAAAAUCCGAAGGACGGAGUCCGUGCCGUCGGACAUCAACAACCAGGGGGACCAGCCGUCGGAAGUGCCGCAGUUCGGCACGUUACCAAAGGCAAUAGCCAGAAAGGAUCACCCGCCUGUGCUGACCCAGCCGGACUCCAGCAGUAACCCCUCCUCCACCACCUCCUCCACGCCCUCCUCGCCCGCCCCCUUCCAGCAGGGCAACCCCCCCAGCGCAACUCCGCCCCCAAACCCCUCCCCCAAGGUUCCCAGGGACAACCGCUUCCACUUUCCUGCUGCUUGCUACUUUCAACACAGACAGCAGUUUAUCUUCCCUGAUGUGUCCAGCUCUCCCCAACCCUCAGCCCUGCUGUCUGACGGCCUCCAUGAUGUCAGUGAGGUGGACUCCGCACUGCCGGCCUCAGAGCUGCAGCUGGCAGCCGCUGAACAGGAAGCUGUGGAGGAGGGGGAGGAAGAGGAGGAUCACAGAGAGGAAGACGAGCACGAGGGGGAUGGGGCAGGGGAGAGGGAGGGGAGGGGGACGGGGGGGUCGGACGCGGAGUUCGACGGGGACGAGCUGGAGGAGCUCCCGAGCUGGCGGGGGGGCCGCUGGAGGGGCCCCAUCUCGCGCAAGCACAGCCAGACCAGCGUGUACCUGCAGGAGUGGGACAUCCCGUUCGAGCAGCUGGACCUGGGCGAGCUGAUCGGGCGGGGCCGCUGGGGCAAGGUGCACAAGGGCCGCUGGCACGGCGAGGUGGCCGUCCGCCUGCUGGAGAUCGACGGCAACAACCAGGACCACCUGAAGCUCUUCAAGAAGGAGGUGAUGAACUACCGGCAGACGCGGCACGAGAACGUGGUGCUCUUCAUGGGGGCCUGCAUGCACCCCCCGCACCUGGCCAUCAUCACCAGUUUCUGUAAGGGACGGACGCUGUACUCGGUCGUGAGAGAUGCCAAAAGCGCGCUGGACAUCAACAAGACCAGGCAGAUCGCCCAGGAGAUCGUGAAGGGAAUGGGCUACCUCCAUGCCAAGGGCAUCGUGCACAAGGACCUGAAGUCUAAGAACGUGUUUUACGACUCCAGCAAGGUGGUGAUCGCGGACUUCGGGCUGUUUGGGAUGCUGGGCGUGGUCCAGGAGGGCCGGCGGGAGGAUGCGCUCAGGCUUCCCCAUGGCUGGGUGUGCUAUUUGGCCCCUGAGAUUGUUCAGCAGUUGGCCCCGGGGAACGAGGACUGCCUCCCCUUCUCCAACGCCGCCGACGUCUACGCCUUCGGCACCAUCUGGUACGAGCUGCAGGCGCGCGAUUGGCCGAUCACCAACCAACCGGCCGAGGCCAUCAUUUGGCAGAUGGGGAGCGGGGAGGGCGUGGUCAGGGUGCUGUCCCAGAUCAGCCUGGGAAAGGAAGUGACGGAGAUCCUGUCGGCGUGCUGGUCCUUCGACCUGCGGGACAGGCCCACCUUCACCCAGCUGGCCGACAUGCUGGAGAGGCUCCCCAAACUCAACCGGCGACUGUCCCACCCCGGACACUUCUGGAAGUCUGCUGAGUUGUAGCGGUCUGCAGGCCCAUCGUAUGCAAAGCUGAAACUCAGACGCAGGCCUUGCCUUGCCUUGCAUGCUCCGCCCAUCCUUACGCUUCCUACAGCCCUCUGCUUUUUAUUUUUUUUGUGGUUCCCACAUGGGUCAGAAUAGUUUUAUGAUAUAAUUUUGGGCUCUCUCUCGCUCUCUAUCUCUCUCUCUCUUUCUCUCACAUGCACACAUGCCGACGCACAUGCACAAUGUAUUUGAUAAAUUUUAAAUUUUGCCCUUCCAAAAAUGGUUUUCCUUCCUCCAGAAACAAAAAAAAAACAAAACAAAAGAAACGCAACUUGGAACGACAGUGUUCAGUAACUUAUUUUUGAAACAUUACCUCUCAUGUGGAACGGUUGUGUGUGCCUGCGAGCAUGGGUGUGCAUUCAAGUGUGUGUGUGUGUGUGUGUGUGUGUGUGUGUGUGUGUGUGUGUGCGCGUGCACACACGCGCUUGUGUGCAUAGUCAAUUUUCAAGUGGUUGAAUGUAUUAUUUUUUUUGGACUAGGAGGUUAAUUCUGAAUUGAGGAGCGUUCACUUUAAAAAUAUCAGCAUAUAUCAGAACUAUAUAAAUAUUGUUUUAUUUAAUGUACAGCUAGCAUAGUUCUUUUAAUAUUUGUAUAAAAAUUUUAUAUUACACUGUAUGCCAGAGGUACUGCUCUCCAGUUUAAAUGUACAUAUCUUUGUAAGUAUAUUUUUCCCAUGUAUGAAAUGCUACUGAACCUAAAUUGUAAAUUUUUUUUUUUUUUUAGAACGGGUCAAUACGUUUUUUUACGUCAUGUAAGAAUUCAUAUUUUUGUAUUGCAUGUGGCUGCCACUUUGCACGCACAGUUCCUGUUUUCAUCCUUGAAAGACAAUAAAAUGAAGCUUCGGUCACGG